AGUGCCACGGGUCAACCCACUGCGUGCAGCAGGAACUACUUGGUGACUUGGUCAGGCUGCUUCCUGACUAAUAGGACUCCAGAGCUGUGCUGAAAUCUGGCUGGACACUCGAGAAACAAGAAGGUGCCAGAGAUAUCUGAUGGGCUGUGUGCUUUGUCUCCCCUUGGAAGUGUCCUCUGCGACUGAUGUGAAAAGAGAGAAACACACUUGAGGGUGUGCCACUUCCAAGGUGCUACAUUCCAGGAAGGAGAGGGACAACUAAGGUCACCAGCUUCUCACUUUUCCUAGCUCCUGGAGAACCAGGCCUUUCUGACCUGAGUUUCCUCAGACCAAAACCCUCACUGCGCAAUGGCGUUUGCAGUCUCCUUGGCCGACCUCCAAGCAGAGGCCUACUGCCCCAUCUGCCUGGAUUACCUGAGAGACCCUGUGACCAUUGCCUGUGGCCACAACUUCUGUCGCUCCUGCAUCCACCAGAGCUGGGAAGGUCUACGGGACAUCUUCCCCUGUCCCAUCUGCCUCCACCACUGCUGUAAUGGGAACCUAAAGCAGAACACCCAGCUAUGUAACAUGACUGAUAUUGUUAAGCAAAUUCCCACCAUGAGGAGCAAGAGGAAACGGCAGGAAGAGAAACCCCUGUGUGAGAAGCACAACCAGGAGCUGUCCCUGUUCUGUGAGAAGGACCUGGAGCUGCUGUGUCCCCAGUGCAAGAUCUCCAACCACCAGGAUCACCACCUCAUGCCCAUUGACCAAGCUGCGACCAGUCACAGGAGGAAGCUCAAAUACUACGUUGAGCUCCUGAAGAAGCAAGUUGGAAAUGCUGAGAAGGAGUUAAAAAUCCAAGUUUCAAAAUCAUUUGAAUUGAAGAUCAAAGUGGAAAAUCAGAUGGGGGAAUUAUACUCUGAUUUUGAACAAGUUAAGGACGUUUUGGAAAAAGAGAAGGAUGUAAUUCUUUUCACAUUACAAAUUGAAGAGAAAGAUAUUCAAAAAAAAUUAAGUGAAAGCAGAGUAAUAUUCUCAGAGCAUAUUUCAACACUAAAAAAUCUGCUGGUUGAAAUAACAGAGAAGUGUGUGCAGUCAGAACUGGAAUUACUCACAGGUAUUGAAAGUAUUUACAACAAGUAUGAAAACCUAAGCACUCCAACAGUCUUUUCAUAUGAGUUAAAGAAAAAAUACAUCAGUUCUUCUGAGCAAUAUUUCAACCUACAGAAAAAGAUCAACUUAUUUAAGGUAAAUUUGACACUAGAUAUUGAAACUGCACACCCCAAUCUUGUUAUCUCAGAAGAUAGAAAAAGUGUGACAUUACGAAAGAUGAACCCAAACUAUCUUCAGAAUUCCAAGAAAUUUUCUUUUCUCCCAGCUCUCCUGAGUUCUCAGGGAUUUGUUUCUGGCAGGCAUUACUGGCAGGUAGAAGUAAGAGGCAAGGGUGAAUGGGCCGUAGGCGUCUGUAAGGAAUCUUUUCCCAGAGAUACUAUUACAUCACCAUCCCCAAAAGAUGGAUGCUGGCAAAUCCGGCUCUGGUCUUACACCUUCGAUGCAUUAAAUAGAAUUAAAUCCAGACGGGUUGGUAUUUUUCUGGACUAUGAGUUGGGAGAGGUGUCAUUUUAUAAUCUGAAUAAUAAGACGCUUAUCUAUACUUUCAAUGAUACGUUUAGAGAAAAACUAAGACCCUAUUUCUAUGUUGGACCUUAUUCAGACUUACUUACAAUUCAGAUAGUCAACCUGGAAUGAAGAACUGCUUGAAAGCCAUUUUUAUUGUUUUUUUCCUUCCUAUUGUACAUGAAUGGUACUUAGAAUAUUCUAUAAUUACUAAUUUCUGGGAUGAUGAUCUCAAAUAACUAUGAUGUCUUGGAUUUUGGUUGUGAUUUUCAAGUAAUUAUGACAUUACUUUGCCUAUUCCACACAAAUGUUGCAGCAAAUAAUUGUAAAAUGCUUUUGCAGUUCUCAAAUAAAAUAGUUCAAACUUACAAUUUUUUCUUAACAUUGUUUUUUCAAACUUCCAUGUGCACUUUACAACAUCUACAAUUUUGCUAUCAAUUCGUCUGUCGUGGUUUCCUAGGGUUGAAGGAACAAAACAACAUUCUUCCUGAGGGCUCUGGGAAAGUAACUGUUCCACGCGUUUCUCCUCUCUUUGCCACCUUCAGGUGUCUG